CCCAUUUAUCUUCUUUUUAUAUCAACUCUUUCCAUUUCCUUCUCCACUUCUCUUCUCCGGCCACCCUCGCCGGAAUCUUACCGGAAAAUUAUAUUUCCCAUCUUCCAAAUUCACCUCUUUCACCAUUGCUGUUUAACACAGCUCAAAACACUCUUUUUAUAUCUUCUUCUCUUCUGUUCUGUGUUGCUAUUCACUUCAGCAAUGCAAUUGAAAACCUGCGAAUUUUAGACCCAUUUGAGGGAAUUUCAAUUUAAAUUCACAUUUUUCCUUCUGGCCCUUCAUUGAAGACCGAAGAGUUAAGUUCACGCCACUGAUUUGGGUGUAAGCAAUAUUUAAGGGAGAAAAAAAGGAAAUGAUGCUGAGGUGGGCAAGGGUGUCUGAUGGAAAAGGUGAUCACUGUGACAGUGAGGAGAUGGAGAUGGGUUUCAAUGUUUUAGGUGGUGAUGAAAUUGUGAAGUCCAAGAGGUUGAUUGUGAGGCCUAGGAUCAAGGUGUGGAUGGCUCGUGCCAUCACUACAGUCAUACUUUGGACUUGUGUGGUUCAGCUGAUGGCAAUUGGGGAGUUAUGGGGGCCAAGGUUGUUGAAGGGCAUGCCUUAUUGUUUCAGCCACCAAGAUGAUGCAUCUCAAGCCGUGGCAAAGGCUUAUAUUCCAGCCAAGGUUGUGCUCCCACCAAAAAGGAUCCAUAAGAAUAAUGGUUAUCUUAUGGUUUCAUGCAAUGGAGGACUCAACCAAAUGAGAGCAGCAAUAUGUGACAUGGUUGCUAUUGCAAGACAUUUAAAUGUUACUCUUAUAGUUCCAGAGCUGGAUAAAACAUCUUUCUGGGCCGAUCCUAGUGAAUUCCAAGACAUAUUUGAUGUAGAUAAUUUCAUUGGAUCCUUAAGAGAUGAAGUGAGAAUAUUAAAGCAACUACCACCUAGGCUCAAGAGAAGAGUUGAACUAGGAUUAUACUACUCAUUGCCACCAGUUAGCUGGUCUGAUAUUUCAUACUAUGAAAAACAGAUCCUUCCUCUUUUACUGAAACACAAGGUUGUGCACCUAAAUAGAACCGACGCUCGACUUGCGAAUAAUGGACUACCUCUGAAGAUUCAAAGGCUGCGAUGCCGAGUGAAUUUUAAUGCUCUGAGGUUUACUUCCCAAAUAGAGGAACUCGGUAGAAAGAUAGUCAGAAUUUUGAGGGAAAAGGGACCCUUCCUUGUGCUUCAUCUUAGAUAUGAGAUGGACAUGUUGGCCUUCUCCGGAUGUACUCAUGGUUGUGACCACAGGGAGGUGGAGGAACUCACAAGAAUGAGAUAUGCUUAUCCCUGGUGGAAGGAAAAAGUCAUUAAUUCUGAGCUCAAGAGGCAAGAUGGUCUAUGCCCUUUGACACCUGAGGAAACUACACUAAUACUGACAGCUUUAGGCAUUGAUCAAAGUAUUCAAAUUUACAUUGCUGCUGGAGAAAUAUAUGGUGGAGAGAGAAGGAUGGCAAGUUUACAAGCAGCUUUUCCUAAUCUUGUGAGGAAGGAAACUCUGCUGGAACCUUCAGAUUUGAUGUAUUUUCAAAACCACUCAUCACAAAUGGCUGCACUGGAUUACCUUGUGUCUCUAGAGAGUGAUAUAUUCGUUCCAACAUAUGAUGGGAACAUGGCUAAAGUUGUUGAAGGCCAUAGAAGAUUUUUAGGCUUCAAAAAGACUAUAUUACUUGAUAGAAAGCAUUUGGUGCGCCUCAUUGACCAAUACGCCAAAGGGUCAUUAAGCUGGGAUGAGUUUUCCAUUAUGGUGAAGAAAACUCAUGCCAAUAGGAUGGGAAGUCCCAAAAGUAGAGUUGUCAUCCCUGACAGACCCAAAGAAGAAGACUACUUUUAUUCCAAUCCUCAGGAGUGUUUGGAAUCGCAAGAUGAACCAUUCAGCAGCACAUGAUCUUAGCUUAGCUAACACGUGCCUCCUCUAUUUAUACUCUUUCCUCCAUCACAAGUCAAUGCCAAAUGUAAUUUACUCGAAGGAGAGGGCCUGAUAAUUCUGUACACAAAUUAACACAAAGAACUGUGCGCAUGCCUUCCUCAAUUGUUUCUCGUUAAACAUUAUUAAGAGUUUGUUUGGAUACAAAUUUAAAAAAGCUUUUGAGAAGUUUUUCAAUGAAAAAAAUUUAUUUAUUUUUAGUAGAGAAGCUCUGAGAAACUCUUCUAUACUUGUAUCCAAGCAAAUUCUUAGAUAAAUUGGCUUAAUUGCAUGUUGUGAGGAACAGGUUCUUGUGUAAAGCAACAGCAAAGUGGAGUUAUAUCUUCUACACUGUAAAGAAGAACAAAAGAUAUAGAGUACUUUUACUAUUAACUUUUUAUAAUAUCGAAGAUGGUUCUUCACCAAAUACUCAUUGCUGAGCCUUCAAAUAAUAGAUGUAAAAGAACAAAGCUGAAGUCUCUUCGAACCUUCUUGUCCAUUAAGAUAUUGACAUAUUGUAAUGGCUUUGUGCCGCAUAUGAUAGUUGUCUGAUUAUGUUUGUGGACCAAAAUAAGAUUAAGUGGGAAGACUCUAAAAUGGGGUGGCAAGACUCGAAAAUAGUUAGUUGAAGGUUAUUGGUGGGCCAAGAAUCAUGAUUAGCAUUAUAUAUAUUUUUGUAUCCUUAUGGAAAUAACAACUACUUUUGUGGUUUAGGCAGGACUAGAACAACCAACUUCAAACAAUUCUUGAUGGAGAGUAGAGACUCGUGGUGGAGAAGUGUCCUGUAUAUAUCAUAGAGUCCUUUAAUACGAGUAACCCAAAAAUAAAAUAAGUAAUCUCAAUAAAUAAAUAAAUAUAUA